AUGCUGCCGCCGCGCCGCGAGCUGCAGUUCGAGGCGUGCGGCCACGACGACUGCUACGGUGCCAUGCAGGAGUACUUUGAGGACUCGGAGCCGGCCAUCGCCGAGUACUGCAACCGCACGUCGGGCCUGAGCCGAGCCGAGGCCGAGCGCGACCCGCUUCGCUACCGCUUCGGCAACUGGUGCUUCGAGGUGACGGCCGUCCAGACUGCCUGCCGGUGCGUCAAUACGGACUGGCAGCGGCCCUCGUGCGCGGCCGACGAGUGCUACCGCGGCGUGCAUCAGGGCCUCAAGGACGACCCCGAGGCAGUCUACGAGUUCUGCCGCAAACAUCUGCGUAACGCCCCGGAGGCGCGCCCCGACCCGGAGGCGGCCAUUCCGGGGCUUGCGGCCUCGUGCCACGACGGAGCCGCGCUCGAAAAGGCCUGCCGCUGCGCCAUUCCUUCCAACAGCGAGUGGACCUUUUCCAAGUGCCCCGGCAAGUGUAACCAGGCCAUCGAUAUCGCCCUCGACGGCCAAUACAACGACAUGUACAGCUUCUGCCGCAAGACACGCCGCGAGCUGUUCGAGUUCGGCGGCGGCGCCAUCCCCGCCGACUAUGCCCCCCGCCCGGACCCCGGCGACGGCUGCGCCGACGCCCGCGACGUCGACACGGCCUGCAGCUGCAUCGUCCAAAACGAGCAUCUCUGGACCACCGAGGCCUGCGCCGCCGACAAGUGCUACCGGGGCCUCGAUGCCGGCACCGCCGACGACGACGCCCCGUCGCUUCGCAACUUCUGCAAGACGUGGCGUCGCUCCGGAGACUUCCCCGACAUCGCCGAGCCCACCAUUCCGGGCCUCGACAAGGCCUGCCCGCAGCCGGCCGACAUUGAGACGGCCUGCAACUGCACCUCGCCCGACAUUGGCGCCGACUGGACCUUUCCCGAGUGCACAAGCAACCAAUGCUAUCGCGCUCUCGACGUGGCUGUGGACAACAUUUCCUUGGGCAUCAGGGGCUUCUGCUACAAGCUCAGUCGCUCUCAACGCGACAAGAACUUCCAGCCGCCCAACACGCCCGGCGGCCUUGACGAAGCCUGUCCCACGCCCGAGGCCUUGGUAGAAGCCUGCAGCUGCAUCGAGCCCAAGGGGGGAAACGCCGACUUCACGCCCCUCUAA